CUCAAAUGUUUCGUGUCAACUUUGUCCUGUUGGCACUGGGGCUGGUCAUGACCACUUCAAGUGCACAACAGUUACGCAUUAAGGAGCUGCACACGCUUCACAAGUGGAGCAAUCUUAGCUUAGGACCGGAUCAGGCGAGCAUUAGCCAUUUCCUGCCCGUCGAUUUGGACAUUGAGUACGGAGACGAGGGACGUCAUCGAACAUUUCUGACCAUACCACGUUUGAGCACUGGCACACCAUUUACACUGGCUACGGUGACAGCGGCUGAUAAUAAACUGCUCGAGAAUCCCCGCCUGGAGCCCUAUCCCAGCCUGGAGUGGCAUCAAUCAACUAGCAACUGCUCGGGCAUCACUUCGGCUAUCAGAACUUAUAUUGAUGAGUGUUGGCGCCUUUGGGUAGUGGAUUCGGGACAAGUCAAUUCUUUGCAGUUGUGUGCUCCACAAAUCUUGAUAUUCGACCUAGUCAAGGAUGAUCUGGUGCAGCGUUCCACGCUGCCUCCACACAUGUAUACGCCUAGUGUAUCGAUUUUUACGGCUUUGGUCGUGGAUCUUGCUGAGAGCAAGUGUUUGGGUGGCAGAGCUUACAUAGCUGAUGCCUGGGGCUAUGGCUUAAUUGUUUUUGAUGCCCUCACUGACAAAUCCUGGCGCAUUGAACACGAUUCCAUGCAGCCGUCCUUGGGUGUGCGUCGAUUUGGCAACGCCCAUGCUGGUAUCUUUACAGUCAGUCUGAGUCCAAGUCAAGCUACAGAGCGCUUUUUGUACUUCCACACGCUGAAUAGCUUCUAUGAGAUAGCUAUUCCCUUGCACGUGGUCAACAAUGCGAGUAUCUGGCAGCAGGCUUCGAGCAAGGUGGUCAGCACACAUUUUCGCGUUCUUGGCACGCGUGGCACUCAAUGCGAAUCGGAGGUCAUGGACAGUGGCGGCAAUCUCUACUGCAGUCUUAUCAGUCUAGGUGCUUUGAUCAGUUGGAGCGAACAUUCCAAUUACACUGCAGAUGAUAUACGCGCCGUGGCCUACAACCCACAACAGCUGAAAUUUGUGACUGGCUUAAAAAUCAAUUUAAACUCAAAGGGCGAGAGUGAACUAUGGGCGCUGAGUAGUGAACCGAAUCUCUUUGUAGGCGGCUCCUUGAAAGAGAACGAGAUUAAGUUUCAAAUUGUUGGCUGCCGUACAGCUGAUUUGCUGGCCAAUAGACCAUGUACAGUGGGUGCCGCGCAAUUAUAA